GUUGCCAGGGCGUCGGGCCGCCCAGAGCCGGCAAAGUCGGCCUGGAGAGGAGGCGUGGUGUCCCGCGGCCGGCUGGGACUUCGCGGAGCCGGGCCUGCGGGACUACAGAAUGGGCUGAGUCGGCGGCGGCUCUCAGGACGAGAAGCCCGGCUUGAAAAUGGAGAUGUACGAAACUCUUGGAAAAGUGGGAGAGGGAAGUUAUGGAACGGUCAUGAAAUGCAAACAUAAGGAUACUGGGCGGAUAGUGGCCAUUAAGAUAUUCUAUGAGAAACCAGAGAAAUCUGUCAACAAAAUUGCAACGAGAGAAAUAAAGUUUCUAAAGCAAUUUCGGCAUGAAAACCUGGUCAAUCUGAUUGAAGUUUUUAGACAAAAAAAGAAAAUUCAUUUGGUAUUUGAAUUUAUUGACCACACAGUCUUAGAUGAGUUGCAACAUUACUGUCACGGACUAGAGAGUAAGCGACUGAGAAAGUACCUGUUCCAGAUUCUUCGAGCGAUUGAGUAUCUUCACAAUAAUAAUAUUAUCCAUCGAGAUAUAAAGCCUGAGAAUAUUUUAGUCUCCCAGUCAGGGAUUACUAAGCUCUGUGAUUUUGGGUUUGCAAGGACAUUAGCAGCUCCUGGGGAUGUCUACACAGAUUAUGUGGCCACUCGCUGGUACAGAGCUCCAGAACUGGUGUUAAAAGAUACCUCUUACGGAAAACCAGUGGACAUCUGGGCUUUGGGCUGUAUGAUCAUUGAGAUGGCCACUGGCAAUCCCUACCUUCCUAGCAGUUCAGAUUUGGAUUUGCUCCACAAGAUUGUUUUAAAAGUAGGCAACCUGACCCCGCACCUGCACAGUAUCUUUUCCAAGAGUCCUAUCUUUGCCGGGGUGGUUCUUCCUCAAGUUCAACACCCAAAAAAUGCAAGAAAGAAAUACCCAAAGCUCAACGGAUUGCUGGCAGAUAUAGUUCAUGCUUGUUUACAAAUUGACCCUGCGGAGAGGAUAUCGUCUACUGAUCUUUUGCGUCACGAUUACUUUACUAGAGAUGGAUUUAUUGAGAAAUUUAUACCAGAGCUGAGAGCUAAAUUAUUACAAGAAGCAAAGGUUAAUUCCUUCAUAAAGCCAAGAGAGAAUUUUAAAGAAAAUGAACCUGUGAGAGAUGAGUGGAAACCAGCUUUUACCAACACGCUGCUCUAUGGAAACACAUCACUCCAUGGAAAGGAAACGGACAAAGACAAAAGACCCAAGGAGAUCAAAGUCAGAGUUCUUAAGGCCAAAGGAGGAGGAAAAGGCGAUGUCCCAGACCUGAAAAAGAUAGAGUGUGAAGGUGAACACCGCCAGCAGGGCACAGCCGAUGACACGCAUGCCUUGUCUCAGGAUAGAAAGCCCGCCAUUGCUGAAGUGCCAAACCCUGUCAAUCCCAGCAUGCACCCUGACGGUGUCAAAGAAGACCCACAUCCUGGAGGUUGUAUGAUAAUGCCACCCAUCAACCUGACAAGCAGUAAUUUGAUGGCUGCAAAUCUCAAUGCAAACCUCUCCCACCCUAAUUCACGGUUAACUGAAAGAGCAAAAAAGAGACGCAGUUCUUCACAAACCAUUGGACAGACUUUGUCUAAUAGCAGACAGGAGGACACAGGUCCCACGCAAAGCCAAGCAGAGAAAGGCAUAUUUAACGACCGAACAAGUCAGAGUGACCAAAUGGCAAGUGGAAACAAAAGAAAGCUGAAUUUUCCCAGAUGCGACAGGAAAGAAUUCCAUUUCCCUGAACUGCCAUUCACAAUACAGGCGAAGGAAACGAAAGGAAUGGAAGUUAAACAGGUGAAAGUGCUGAAGAGAGAGGCAAAGAAAACAGAUUCACCUAAAAUACCAACUUUACUCACUGUGGACCCAAAUCAAGAACAACAAGAGGGUUCCUCCGUUUACAACAUCUUUCCUGGCUGGUACAAGAAAGGCAACCUCCACUGGCCAUCCUGACCUCCCACUCGGUCAUCUCCCAUGCUCUGCUGGGGUCUUUCCUACUCUAAAGGUAGAGUCUGACCCA